AUGGGCCAACUUUCCGAAAGGGAGAUUGAAAUCUUAAUCAUCAUCGAACGUAUCACAGCGUCGAUUUCGAGCGAUCCAUGGUGGAGUUUGGCUAUGGCUACAAAUGUCUAUCUCGUCUUCUUUUACCGAUAUGAUGCCGCUCAAUUGAAGAAACUUUAUCCUUAUUAUGCAUUGAUAUGCUAUGGUCUUCCUUUCAUUCCAGCCAUGGUCUGUCUAUUUGUCAAAACUAAAAAGAGGGGAAGAAUCUACGGAAACGCAACACUUUGGUGUUGGAUUGAUGGUUCAUGGGCACCUCUCCGUAUCUACAGCUAUUACACGCCAAUCUGGUUAACCAUCCUCGCUGCAUUAAUCAUCUACGUUCGAGUUGGCAUCUAUGUCUUCCACACACGCAACCAACUUCACGGAUUUGCCCACAAAUCAGAUCCCUCUCUGCCUACAGAUACUGGAGGAAAAUCACCGAUUCCCCUUCAAAAUACCAUAUCAAAUACAUCUGAAGCAACAAACAAAGAGUAUGAAAGCGAGCAUGAUCAACCAAUAUUCACUGGAACCCGAACUACCGAGAUUGAAGUAACGCAUGGCUCGUGGGAAAAUGGAAUUGCUAUCAACACAGGACCAAUUUCUGAAAAUCCUGAUCCGUCUGAUUUAAAUCCUAUGGCAGCUCCUACGAAAAAUCCGGACACUAAUUACCGUGUGACUAUCUCCGCCCUACCGCGCAUCAACACGACAAUAGGAAGGGAGAGUAGAAGAGGAACUGCACAUAGUUUUGAUAGGAUCAAAUGGGCGUACGCAAAAUGCGCCAUACUAUUUUCAAUUUCUAUCUUGGUAACCUGGGUACCGGCAUCAGUAAAUCGAGUCUAUGGAUUGAGAUUCCCGGAUAAUCCAUCAUUUAUACUGAACAUAGGAUCUGCUCUUGUUCUCCCCUUGCAAGGAUUCUGGAACACUAUAAUAUACUUCACCACCUCUCUAGGAAUCUGUCGCAGCGUCUGGGCCGAUUUUCGAGGCCCCUCAAAUCAACAUAAGCGAAGCGAAGGAUUUCGCGUGAUGGAUAGACCGAUGACUGGUAAUCGAAGAGCAGAGAUGAAGGAAACGGAAAGUAUGGUGGAAUUAAGCACUAGUAGAUCACAUACUACUCGAAGUGUGAGUGCAGAUUGUGAUAGGAUUUGA